ACGCAAGAGGAGGGUAAUGGAGGGAAGAAGAAAAGAGAGAGGAACGCAAGAGGAGGGUAAUGGAGGGAAGAAGAAAAGAGAGAGGAACGCAAGAGGAGGGUAAUGGAGGGAAGAAGAAAAGAGAGAGGAACGCAAGAGGAGGGUAAUGGAGGGAAGAAGAAAAGAGAGAGGAACGCAAGAGGAGGGUAAUGGAGGGAAGAGGAGAAGAGAGAGGAACGCAAGAAGAGGGUAAUGGAGGGAAGAAGAGAAGAGAGAGGAACGCAAGAGGAGGGUAUCGAGGGAAGAUGAGAAGAGAGAGGAACGCAAGAGGAGGGUAUCGAGGGAAGAUGAGAAGAGAGAGGAACGCAAGAGGAGGAUAAUGGAGGGAAGAGGAGAAGAGAGAGGAACGCAAGAGGAGGGUAUCGAGGGAAGAUGAGAAGAGAGAGGAACGCAAGAGGAGGGUAAUGGAGGGAAGAAGAGAAGAGAGAGGAAUGCAAGAGGAGGGUAUCGAGGGAAGAUGAGAAGAGAGAGGGACGCAAGAGGAGGGUAUCGAGGGAAGAUGAGAAGAGAGAGGAAGAUAGAAACAGAGUGAAGACGCGGAGAACUAUAUCUCCUCGCCUGAGAAAUGAACUGAUAACGAAAGAACCGGAGGAACCAGCUAGAUUAGACCACUCCUCCUCAUCCCUUUAUAGUUCGUCUGUUGUUAUUAAGGGGGGAAAUGUUUUCUCUCUUCCUCGACCUACACCAACGGAAAUCUGUACCGCUGGCAACUAUGGAAUACAGGACAACCAGAGACUGAGAUACCUAAACAUAGGAACGCAGGCAACAAACCAAAACCCCCCCAAAAAACAACUUUAUCGGAACCGUUUGGGAAUGCACAAGGGGACUGCGCUAGGAGGACUCAUACCAGACCGUUGUAAUAGCAUCGUGAAUAACCGUAAGGUGUUGUAUGCUACAUGAGACUCAUUGUCAUGGAGUUCGUAAACGACUCGUUGGUCGGUGGAUCAGACCUGGACCUGAGAGCCUUCCACUUCUACAACGACUCUCUGCUCUUCCAGAACAACUUCAGCGGUGGGUUCAACGAGACCGACGCCUUCCUGCCUGCCGGUGUCAAGAUCACCAUCGUUGUAGUCUACAUGAUGGUCUGCGUGGUGGGGCUGAUGGGUAACUGUCUGGUCAUGUACGUCAUCAUUAGGUACACUAAGAUGAAGACAGCCACCAACAUCUACAUAUUUAACCUGGCCCUGGCUGACUCCUUGGUUCUCGCUACCUUACCAUUCCAGGGAACAGACUUGUUCCUGGGUUUCUGGCCGUUCGGUAACGCCCUCUGCAAGGCCGUGGUCUCCAUCGACUACUACAACAUGUUCACCAGCACCUUUACACUAACCGUGAUGAGCAUGGAUCGCUACGUGGCCGUGUGCCAUCCGGUCAAGGCCCUGGACAUGAGGACGCCCCACAAGGCCAAGGUGGUCAACAUCUGUGUGUGGGUCCUGGCAUCGGCGAUAGGGGUACCGGCCAUGGUGUUGGGUGAUGUGGAGGUUGAACAUAACAGUGUAGAGUGUAUCGUAGUCCUCCCGGACCCUCGUAGCUACUGGGACCCGGUGUUCGGCACCUGCGUCUUCCUCUUCUCCUUCCUCAUCCCGGUGGCCAUCAUCAGUGUCUGCUACAGCCUGAUGGUGAAGCGCCUUCGCAGCGUCCGCAUCCUGUCCGGCUCCAAGGAGAAGGACCGUAACCUGCGCCGCAUCACUCGCAUGGUCCUGGUUGUCGUGGCAGCCUUCGUGGUCUGCUGGACCCCCGUCCAGAUCAUGGCUCUGGCCCAGUCGUUGGGCUUCAACCUGAGUAGCCUCCUCACCAUGGCCCUGAUGCACUUCUGUAUCGCGCUGGGCUACGUCAACAGCAGUCUUAACCCAGUUCUCUACGCCUUCCUGGACGAGAACUUCAAGAGGUGCUUCAGGGAGUUCUGCCACCCGGGUCCGUUCCGCCUGGACAGCCGGCAGCAGUCGGGUCGGAUGAGGAGCAUCGCCCGCGAGGUGGCCUACAAUUGCAAGACGGCGGACGGGAAUACAAACCCUGCAUGACUAGGCGUGGAGCUGCCCCUGGUCUGCCAGGAGCCCCAGAACAACCACCACCAAGGGACAGGGAACUCCAACACGGAGCUCACCCAGAUCACUACCCUCUAGCAGCACGUCGGCCCAGGGACAGGCCGAGGAAGAGGACCGGAGGUGGCCCAAGGGAGGGGCAGGGACACUGUCCGAAUGGCCUGGUUGGGGCCGGAUCUAGGCCAGAGCUGUUUGGAGGCCGAACAGCAGGGUCAGGUAGUCUAACGGACCUUCUACUAGGGACUAAGGGGCUUCUCUGUGUCUUUACUAAACAUGGAUGUUAUUUAAAUCGAUGUCAUGUUGUCUUUAUUUAGUUGUGUUAAUCAUUUUCAGGUCGAUUACGUUCAGAGUUUAGGUCUGUGUGCGUCAAGGACCAUUUCCGCGAAUGUCAACAGUUUUUGCUCACGCUUAUCUCAACUCUGAUUGGUUGAUUAAUGAUGUUGUCGUUGUCAUUUUUUCUCUGUGUUGUAUAGAUGUUUUUUUUGUCUGUUUCUACGCUGUAGGUAAUUACUUUAACUGGAUGUUAUUCGUUUAUUUCUGUUUUAUUUUGUUCCAGAGAAACAAUUUGUCUGAUUCCAUGGCCUUAAAUACCAAACGAAGUCUGUAUAAAUACUAUCCACUAUCCUGGAUAAAGUGUGUCAGUCCUCGAUGGUGCUGUACUGUACGUUUCCUUGUUUGUUUUGUAUCACCUUGCAGGAGUUGUGUAGCAACGGGCAACACAUCACAACAGCUUGUUGAAGCCUUUAUUGUUCAUUGUUACGAUGAAAUAAUUGCAGAUGAUGAUGCUGCCUGAUGUUCCGCGUGUGAAUAUUUCUGAUUGUCGUCCUGUAAAAAUGAAGCAAAUCUAUUUUGUACUAUAAUUUGUUUGAAUCCAGGCUGUUUCACAACAGGCUGUGAUUGGGAGUCCCACAGGGCGGCGCACAAUUGGCCCAGCGUCGUCCGGGUUUGGGAGGUGUAGGCCGUCAUUGUAAAUAAGAAUUUGUUCUUAACUGACUUGCCUAGUUAAAUAAAGGUUAAAUAAAAUAAAAUAAAUAAUUACCCUGGAUACAUAACAUGGUGUUACCGUGGAUACAUAACAUGGUGUUACCCUGGAUACAUAACAUGGUGUUACCCUGGAUACAUAACAUGGUGUUACCCUGGAUACAUAACAUGGUGUUACCCUGGAUACAUAACAUGGUGUUACCCUGGAUACAUAACAUGGUGUUACCCUGGAUACAUAACAUGGUGUUACCCUGGAUACAUAACAUGGUUUUCCUCUAUAUACAGCGCCUUCAGGAAGUAGUCACACCCCUUUACUUUUUCCACAUUUUGUUGUGUUACAGCCUGAAUUUAAAAAUUUUAUUGAGAUUGUUUUGUCACUGGCCUCACACACACACAAUACCCCAUAGUGUCAAAGUGGGAUUGGGUAUUUUGAAUUAAGAAAAAACUGUAUUAAAAAUGAAAAGCUGAAACAUCAAUAAGUAUUCAACCCUUGUGUAAUGUGCUCAAAAAGGAACAUAAUAAAUUGCAAGGACUCACUCUGUGUGCAGUAAUAGUGUUGAACAGGAUUUUUUAAGGACUUCCUCAUCUCUGUACCUCACACAUACAAUUAUCUGUAAGGUCCCUCAGUCGAAGCAGUGAAUUUCAUACACAGAUUCAACCACAAAGACCAGGGAGGUUUUCCAAAGCAUCGCGAAGACGGGCACCUAUUGGUAGAAAUAUAAUACUCCUUUGAGCAUGGUGAAGUUAUUAACACUUUGGGUGGUGUAUCAACACACCCAGUUCACUACAAAGAUACGGGCGUACUCCCUAACGCAGUUGCUGGAGAGGAAGGAAACCACUCAGGGAUUUUACCAUGAGGCCAAUGGUGACUUUAAAACAGUUACAGAGUUUAAUGGCUGUGAUAGGAGAAAACUAAGGAUGGAUAAACAACAUUGUAGUUACUCCACAACACUAACCUAAAUGACAGAGUGAAGAAAAGGAAGUCUGUACAGAAUAAAACAUUCCAAAACAUGCAUCUUGUUUGCAACAAAGCACUAAAGUAAUACUGCAGAAGAUGUGGCAAAGCAAAUCACUUUUUGUCCUUAAUACAAAAUGUUAUAUUUGGGGCAAGUCCAAUAGAUGACAUUACUGAGUAACACUCUCCAUAUUUUCAAGCAUAGUGGUGGCUGCACCAUGUUCUGGGUAUGCUUGUCAUCAUUAAGGACUGGGGAGUUUUUCAGGAUAAAAAAUAAAUGGGUUGGAGUUAAGCACAGGCAAAAUCCUAGAGGAAAACCUGGUUCAGUCUGCUUUUCAACAAUCAAUUUUAGUCUCUUUUUGUAACACAAUGACAUGUGGACAAAGUCAAGGGGUGUGAAUAUGUUUUGGAUGCACUGUAUAUAUAACAUGGUGUUACUCUGUAUAUAUAACACGGUGUUACUCUGUAUAUAUAACACGGUGUUACUCUGUAUAUAUAACGUGGUGUUACUCUGUAUAUAUAGACAUGCUAUAUAAAAGUAUGUAAAAGUAUUGUUCCAAUCAUCUAUCGAAGACACUUAUAAAACUUGUGUAUGUCUUUAGUAGUCAUGUUAUUGGUGUAUAUUUACCACAUAGUCUGUACUUGUGUUGUUAUCUCUGCGUGUACAGGGAGUAUCUUUCCAAGGGUUACAACAUUCCGGUAGCUUUACCAAAAUUCCCAGGUUUUUUGGAAAAUCCUGGUUGAGUAUUCCGGGAAUCUUCUCACCAGGUUUUUCUAGAAUACCAGGGAUUUCAGGGAAAGUUACUGGAAUUUUUGCAACCCUAGUCUUUCCAUUAGUUUACAUGUCCAGACCACUUGAAUGUCAACAGCAUAUAAUGAAAAAUCCAAAAUCUUGCAAAAUAAUUAUUGGCAUUAUUAUUAAAAGAGCAAAACAGGGUUUUUGCAUAAAUGGUUGUUGCCGUAAUGAAGAUUGUAACAGUAUGUUUACUCGUGAACUGCAUUUUUCGUAGCUAUUUAUUCUUAUUACUUUGUGAUUCAUUUGCUGAUGAUGAACUCAGUUUAUAUGCUAGACCUAUUUUUGUUGAUGCUAACGACAUUUUAUAUGCUAGUCAGCUUGUUUUUUUAUUCUAAAGACAGUUUAUAUGCUAGCCAGCUUGUUGUUGAUGCUAAAGACAGUUUAUAUGCUAGCCAGCUUGUUUUUUAUGCUAAAGACAGUUUAUAUGCUAGCCAGCUUGUUGUUGAUGCUAAAUACAGUUUAUAUGCUAGCCUGCUUGUUGUUGAUUCUAAAGACAGUUUAUAUGGUAAUCAGCUUGUUUUUUAUGCUAAAGACAGUUUAUAUGCUAACCAGCUUGUUGUUGAUGCUAAAGACAGUGUAUGUCCUAGCCAGCUUGUUGUUGAUGCUAAAGACAGUUUAUACGCUAGCCAGCUUGUUGUUGAUGCUAAAGAACAUUUGCAGAAGCUUGAAUUUAAAAAUGUUACAUUUGUAUCUGCAUAUGAAUAAAAUGGUUGUGAUGGGAAGUAUA